AAGAAGAAAAGCAGAAACGUAGAAGAAGAAUCCGUCUGUUUUUAUUCUGUGCCGUUGUCUGUGUGAUUUCAGGAGACUGUACUUUGUUAUCCCCAAUCCACAAAACCAGUUCAUAAGGAGAACAGCUGGAUAUUUUCGGUUUGAAGAAUCCAAAGCAAGCCUUGAUGCGUUUGCUGCAGUGGCAAUGAUGGCGGGAAGGGGCAGGCUGGUUCCAUGUGUGUGUCUGGGGCUGUUUGGGGUCCUUUGCUGGGUCUGGGUCUCCUUUGCCUCUUUUCCAGAUGAUCAACUUCCCAUGGAGGCCUUGGAUGCGGUGGAGCGAGGAGCCUUCCAGCCCCAGAGUGCUCUGUCAGAGAUGGAGUUUGCCUCCAUCAGUUCAUACAGAGGACCUGGCAACAAUGAUCGCCGCAGCAACAAGGAGCUGCCCAUUCUUCUCUGGUGGAGUGGAGGCCUGUUCCCACAUUUCCCCGGUGACACCGAACGCAUCGACUGUGCCACAUCCUCCUGCCUGGUCACAAGCAACCGCAAGGUCCAGCUGUACAAAAGGACAGCCUCCAUCAUCUUUUAUGGAACAGACUUUCGUGCAUAUGAGGCGCCGCUCCCUCGUCUCCGCCACCAGACCUGGGCGUUGUUCCACGAAGAGUCACCCAUGAAUAACUACGUCCUCUCCCAUGGACCGGGAAUCAGGCUGUUCAACUACACUGCCACAUUUCGCAGGGAGUCGGACUAUCCUCUGACCCUGCAGUGGCUGCCUUCCCUGGAUUACUUGCUGAAACCUGUGGUCGUGUCCCUGGAGGAGAAGAACCGGCUGAGGAGGGAGGGCCUGGCUCCUGUGCUCUACAUGCAGUCUCACUGCGAUGUACCGUCAGACAGAAACAGAUAUGUCCAGGAGCUCAUGAAGUACAUUCAGGUGGACUCCUACGGAAAAUGCUUGAAUAACAAACCUCUACCUGAACAUCUGGAGGACACGGCCACAGCUACUGGCGAAGAGGCGGGCUUUAUGAAUUUUGUUGCACGCUACAAGUUUCACCUGGCACUGGAGAACGGCCUGUGUCCAGAUUACAUGACCGAGAAGCUGUGGCGGCCUCUCCAUCAGGGCUGUGUGCCGGUCUAUCGAGGCUCCUCUGUGGUGGCAGACUGGAUGCCCAACGACCACUCUGCAAUCAUCAUAAAUCAUUUUCCCUCACCCAAAGCUCUCGGUGAAUUCCUCAAACGUCUUGAUGAGAAUGAUUAUGAAUAUGCAAAAUAUUUAGAUUUCAAAAACCCCAGCCGCAUUACUAACAAUCGUUUGUUGGAGGCUCUGGAGGCCCGCGAGUGGGGGGUUAAUGACAUGAGUAAACCCAACUACCUCAAUGGAUAUGAAUGUUACGUGUGUGACCAGGAGAAUGCACGACUGGCAGCAGAACGAGCUUAUAAAAAAGCCCCGAAGAAGAACCAACCUCCUAAGCCUAAAAUGGCCGACAACUCUCACAUGGGGUGUCCCCUGCCCAGCCCGGGGUAUGGACAAGUCCAAGAUUUACCUGCAGAUGAUGGAUGGUUGCAAAUAUGGCCCCAGGAUUACUGGCAGAGCCUGGACCAAGCAGAGGGGCUGGAGUCUCUGAUAAGACAUAACGAGUCAGACCCUUCGCUGCUGUGGAAGCACAUCCAAAACAUUGCUGUGAGCAGAGCCAGAGGAAAACACUGACACAGGCCUUGAAACAAACAGAGGAUGGAGCGCAUCCAGGAUUACAGAGGUGUCCCAUAUUAUGCAUCCCCACUAUUUAAAUGAAGGAAUGAAGCAGAAAUUACUACAAUUUUUGCACUGGAGCCAAACCUCCUUUACCCUUAUGAGCAGUUUAGUUAUACCAUAUAACAGAUUUUGAUAUUGAAUUUAGCUGACAUGAUAUUUUUGUCCUUUAUCCCUGUUUUCAUUUAAAAACCUAUUUAAGUUUAGUAAUGGGAAAUGAAUGUUUCAGAGUGCUAUAUGCCAAUAUUUUUAAGUCGUUGUUUUACUAUAACCAAGGUGCCAUCAUUGCCCUUACUCCACCUUGCAUUGUUAACUUUAACUGCAUGCGUUGCAGUUGUUCCACUGAGGCACAUUCUCAUGGGAGGCAGAUUUUCAUCGGACCGGAGCACGGCCAAGAGAACUCUGCCUAACUGUGUGUGAA